GCCGUACGUCCUGUUAAGUGAGGUCGCGGCGCGCCGAGCGCCGGGGCGUGUGUCACCAUGUGGCGCUGCGGGGCGAGCGCUGGGGGCCCCCUGCGGAGGCUGCGGCUGAGCGGCGGCACUGUCCAUGGCACCCGGAGGUGGGAGAGCACUGCCUGCCAGAGAGCACUUCGCUACCAUGCCGGGGAGCAGAUUCAUGGCUUCACUGUGCGCCAGGUGACGCCUGUCCCGGAGUUGUUCCUGACCGCAGUGAAGCUGAGCCAUGAGGGCACUGGGGCCCAGUACUUACACCUGGCACGGGAAGACUCCAACAACCUGUUUAGCGUGCAGUUCCGCACCACUCCCAUGGACAGCACGGGCGUGCCGCACGUCCUGGAGCACACGGUCCUCUGCGGCUCUCAGAAAUAUCCAUGCCGAGACCCUUUCUUCAAGAUGCUGAAUAGGUCCCUGUCGACGUUCAUGAACGCCUUCACAGCCAGUGACUACACCAUGUACCCGUUCUCCACACAAAACCCCAAGGACUUCCAGAAUCUCCUGUCCGUGUACCUGGAUGCCACCUUCUUCCCAUGCCUACGGGAGCUGGAUUUCUGGCAGGAAGGAUGGCGGCUGGAGCACAAGGACCCCCAGGACCCCAAGAGCCCGCUGAUCUUUAAAGGCGUCGUCUUUAAUGAGAUGAAGGGCGCAUUUACAGACAGCCAGGCCAUCUUCUCCCAGCACCUCCAGAACCAGCUUCUGCCUGACCACACAUAUGCGGUGGUUUCAGGGGGCGACCCGCUCUGCAUCCCCGACCUCACGUGGGAGCAGCUGAAGCAGUUCCACGCUACACACUACCACCCCAGCAAUGCCAGGUUCUUCACCUACGGGAACUUCCCCCUCGAGCGGCACCUGCAGCAGAUCCAGGAGGAGGCGCUGAGCAAGUUCCAGAAAAUCGAGCCCCGCACAGCCGUGCCUGCACAGAAGCCUUGGGACAAGCCGAGAACAUCACAGAUCACGUGUGGCCCGGAUGCCUUGGCUGCAGAUGCCUCCAAGCAGACCACUGUCAGCGUCAGCUACCUCCUGCCACAGAUCACCGACACCGCCGAGGCCUUCACACUGAGCCUGCUGUCCUCACUGCUCAUCAGUGGCCCCAACUCCCCCUUCUAUAAGGCCCUCAUCGAGCCAGGGCUCGGCAGCGACUUCUCUCCGGAAGUUGGGUACAGCGGCCACACCCGGGAGGCCUACUUCAGCGUGGGCCUUCAGGGCAUUGCGGAGGAGGACGUGGGCAAGGUCUGCAGCAUCAUUGACAAGACCAUCGAGGAGGUGGCUGAGAAAGGCUUCGAGGACGACCGCAUCGAGGCUCUGCUCCAUAAACUCGAGAUCCAGAUGAAACAUCAGUCUGUCAGCUUUGGGCUCACCCUGACCUCGUACAUAGCUUCUUGCUGGAAUCAUGACGGGGACCCUGUGGAGCUCCUGAAGUUGGGGGGCCAGAUGGCCCGGUUCAGACAGUGCCUCAAGGAGAACCCAAAGUUCCUGCAAGAAAAAGUGAAGCAGUACUUUCAGAACAAUCCCCAUAAGCUGACACUGUCCAUGAAGCCGGAUGACAAAUACACCGAGAAGCACGUGCAGAUGGAGUCAGAGAAGCUGAAACAGAAGGUGGCCGCACUGUCCCCGCAAGACAAACAGAGCAUCUACGAGAAAGGUUUGAUCCUGCAGAAGGAGCAGAGUGAACCCCAGGAUGCCUCCUGUCUCCCUGCUCUCAAAGUGUCGGACAUCGCGCCCACGCUUCCGUGCACCGAGGUGCAGGUAGCUCUGGCCGUGGGAGACACGCCUGUGCAGUACUGCCCGCAGCCCACCAAUGGCGUCGUCUACUUCCGGGCCUUCUCCAGCCUCAACUCCCUGCCCGAGGAGCUGCGGGCCUAUGUGCCGCUCUUCUGCCGCACACUCACCAAGCUGGGCUGUGGCCUUCUCGACUAUCGACAGCAAGCACAGCAGAUCGAGCUGAAGACAGGGGGCAUGUCCGUGUCCCCCCACGUGCUCCCCGAUGACUCGAACCUCGACUCCUAUGAGCAGGGCGUUCUCUUCUCCUCCCACUGCCUGGAGCGCAACCUGCCGGACAUGAUGCACCUCUGGGCUGAGAUCUUCAACAACCCCUGCUUUGAGGAGGAGGAGCGCUUCCGUGUGCUGGUGAAGAUGGCGGCGCAGGACCUGGCCAGCGGUGUCCCCGACUCUGGCCACCUCUAUGCAUCCCUCCGGGCAAGCAGGACACUGACACCCGCCGGGGACCUGCGGGAGACCUUUGGUGGCAUGGACCAGGUGAGGCUGAUGAAGAAGGUGGCGGAAAUGGCGGACGUGCGGCCCGUGCUGAAGAAGCUCCCACGCAUCCAGAAGCACCUGCUGAGCGGCGAGGACAUGAGGUGCUCCGUGAAUGCAGCUCCACAGCAGCUGCCGCAAACGGCGAAGGCAGUAGAGACCUUUCUCCGGGGCCUGGGGCGGAGCCGGCGGGAUCGGAAGUCUGCAGCCCGCCCGCAUCUGGUGGAGAAACCGUCGCCCAGAGGAGCCGGUGGGAGCGCACACGCCGGGGGUGCCCAGAUCGUCAGGAAGCUGGUGACGGACCCCAGUUUCAAACCCUGCCAGAUGAAGACACACUUUGUGCUGCCCUUCCCUGUCAACUACGUGGGCGAGAGCGUGAGAACGGCUCCGUAUAUGGACCCCGACCAUGCCAGUCUGAAGAUCCUCGCGCGCCUGAUGACAUCCAAGUUCCUGCACACAGAGAUCCGGGAGAAGGGCGGUGCCUACGGAGGUGGGGCCAAGCUCAGUCACGGCGGCAUCUUUACACUCUACUCAUACAGGGACCCCCACUCCACUGAGACGCUGCAGAGCUUUGCGAAGGCCGUGGACUGGGCCAAGGCUGGGCGCUUCUCCCAGCAAGACAUCGAGGAGGCCAAGCUCUCCGUCUUCUCGGCUGUGGAUGCGCCCGUGGCCCCUUCCGACAAAGGCAUGGACCACUUCCUGUACGGGCUGUCGGAUGCCAUGAAGCAGACCCACCGUGAGCAGCUCUUUGCCGUCUCCCACGAGAGUCUGGUCCAUGUCAGCAGCAAGUACCUGGGCGUGGGCAAGCGUGUGCACAGCCUGGCCAUCCUCGGGCCUGAGAACCCCAAGCUGGCCAAGGACCCAUCCUGGGUCAUCAAAUAGCACAGGUGGAGCUGCAGAGACCAGUGUGUCUGUGGGUCCCAGAAGGAGGGCAGAAAGGAGCACAUCACGCACAGAACAGCCGGCCUAUGAAUCAUGGAACUCUGGGCGCUCAUGGCUGCUCCAUGCUCACCCGUCGGCUGUUUAUUAUGAAUG